AAUUAAGAAGGGGUAGCGGGAAAGGAAAAGCGAAGUGAUAAAAAGUAUUUUCGCCAAAUCCUUUAUGUUCUUCUCAUUUUUAGGUAAUUAAUAGUUUAUUAUUCGAAAUAGUUAUAGAAAUCAUGGCAGCAGCGAACCAAGAAGUGAUCGAAGAAGACGCAGCAGAUUUGCAAUUCCCGAAAGAAUUUGCUAACGCCGAAACUCUUCUAAUAUCUGAAGUACACAUGCUUCUUGCUCAUCGGAAAGCUCAAAAUGAGAAAGCUGAAGAUGAACAAGAGUUAUCAGAAGUUUUCGUAAAAACGUUCGCGUACACCGAUCAUUUCAGGAAGUUUAGAAAUCGAGAAACUAUUCAGUCUAUAAGAUUAUUAUUAGAAAGAAAAAAGUUACAUAAAUUUGAAAUCGCUUCGAUUGCUAAUCUGUGCCCGGAAACGUCGGAGGAAGCUAAAGCAUUGAUCCCUAGUUUGGAAUGUCGUUUCGAAGAUGAAGAAUUACAACAAGUUUUAGAUGAAAUUCAAACGAAGAGAAGUUUGCAGUAUUGAAGAAAUCGAAUUUGUUUGCUUGCUAAUUGAUAUAUGAAUGAAUAUUUCCGAUGAUUUGCGUUGAGAUGAAUGAUUUACUUGUAUAUGUGUAUUUUUUUGUUAUUUCACUUCAAAAUUCAAAUUUAAUGUGGAGACGAUUUCAGUAUUUUGGAAUUUUCAGCAGAAGAAGAAUACCUACUUUCCGUAUAUAAUGUGACGAACUACUGAGUUCAAAUGUAACGAGUUCAUUUCCAUUAAAUAAUAAAUUUUUCUAGCAUUAUCAAA